CUCGGGUGGUCACGCGGCCCGGGCCGCUGAUCCUGAGUUCUGAGUGCGCCUGCGCGGCACCGUCGGGGCGGAGCGUCCUCCCGGGAGCUGCCUGCGGUCGGUAGGCUGCGGUGCUGCAGCGGAGCGUGCGCCGUGGCGCUGCCUGAGUCCUUCCCGCCUGAGCCUGAGAUGUGGUGAUGCCAGCCAGAAUUCUCCAGGCCCUGGCUGGUUUACACAGUUUAUCAUCAAAAGCAGAUCAGUGCCGGAGAUUUGCUCACCUGACAUUAAAACCACUUACAGAAUUUGAAAAUACAGCAUGCCACCAGGCCCCGCUAGUACAUCAGAACGUACGUUCUUUCUUUCCUCAUAUAACAGCAGGCAGUUUGAAUAAGCCGAAGAUCCUGGAAAUGAGCCAGGUAAUACCAAAUACAAGGAAACUGUUUGUAUUAAAUGCUGUACGUUGCCAGGACAGAAAAACAUACCUCCCUACCAUGCAGUUGUUUUGGACUCACAGGAAAAUGACCCACAAGCGAAAUCUCCUGGGUUGUAAGUGGUUUGUGAAAGUACUAAAAAGAAAGUACUCAUCGAUAUCAACUGAAACACUUGUUCCAAAACAAGACCGUCCACAGAUCAAGAGACCGCUGAAAGCAUCCAGGACCCGGCAGCCAUCCAGGACCAACCUUCCAGAUCUGUCUGUGAAUGAGGACCUGUUGCACUGCACAGCAUUUGCAACGGCUGAUGAGUAUCACCUGGGAACUCUCUCUCAAGAGCUGGCCUCCCAUGGAUAUGUGGAAGUAACAAGCUUGCCUAGAGAUGCAGCAAAUAUUUUGGUAAUGGGUGUGGAAAGUUCUGCAAAAGAAGGUGACCCAGGAACAAUAUUCUUCUUCAGGGAAGGAGCUGCUGUGUUUUGGAACAUAAAAGACAAAACCAUGAAGCAUGUGAUGCAGGUUCUGGAGAGACAUGAGAUCCAGCCCUACGAAGUGGCACUGGUACACUGGGAGAAUGAAGAGCUUAACUACACAAAAACAGAGGGACAAUCUAAACUUCACAGAGGAGAAAUCAAGCUAAAUUCAGAGCUAGAUUUAGAUGACACAAUUCUGGAAAAAUUUGCUUUUUCCAAUGCUCUUUGCCUAUCAGUGAAACUGGCUAUUUGGGAAGCAACACUGGAUAAAUUUAUUGAAUCUAUUCAGUCAAUUCCAGAGGCUUUAAAAGCUGGAAAGAAAGUGAAACUCUCUCAUAAAGAAGUUAUGCAGAAAAUGGGUGAACUCUUUGCCCUAAGGCACCGUAUAAACUUGAGUUCGGACUUCUUGAUCACUCCCGAUUUCUACUGGGAUAGAGAAAACCUUGAAGAACUUUAUGAUAAAACUUGUCAGUUUCUUAGCAUUACUCGAAGAGUUAAGGAAUCUCUCCUUUUCAGAGUGGAGUCAGGAUUGUUGCGGUCAAACACAGUAUCACUGCAUGAAUAUGCAGGCUUCUUUCCUCCUCUCAUAACCAGCCUGCUUAAGCCUUGCUCCAGCCUAAGCUUAAUAAAGCCUGUUGUCACCUACACCCAUAAGCACUCGUUUUCAUGACUUCCACUUCCAUCAUUUCAUGGUAAUUUUCAGUCACACAUCUCUAGCCCCACUCCUUCAUUUGCCUUGGAAGUACUUCCCUAUGUCCCUCUUAAGUGUUGAUUCUUUUAUUCCCUACUAGUGCGUUAAGUUCUAUGACAUCUGCUAGGCAACUGCAUCACAUCUGUCUGUAGAAUAAAUGGUGGUUAGAUUUCAAAAGGAAAUUCAUUGUACUCCAGAUUUUGAAGCUUCUGUUUUGCCUUCAGCUUGUGGCAGGACCAGCUAGCCUAUUUAACUGUUCAGACAUCUUUUUCUUUUGUGUAUUUUGAGAUGAUCUUAAUAGGUAGCUCAGGCAGGCUUUGGAUUUGUGAUCCUCCUACAUCAGCCUCCUGAGUGCUGAAACUACAGGUGUACGCCACCAUGCCUGAUUUCAGACCACCUAUUUUUCCCUCCAUUGACAAAUACUGAAAUAUUGAAUGCUUAUGUGAGGCUGGAGGGAUGUCUUCGCAGGUAAGAGCACUGGCUGCUCUUGGACAACUCAGCUUUGUGAAGAGGGCUUCGAAUUCCCCUGGAACUGGAGUUAAGGACAGUUUGUAGCCUCCAUGUGGGUGCUGGGAAUCGAACCCAGGUCCUCUGCAAGAGCAGUCAGUGCUUUUAACCCCUGAGCCAUCAUCUCUCCAGCCCCCUCACGUUUGGUUCUUAACACCACGUGUUUCAACCACCACCAGACCCCAGUUCCAGGUGAUCAGACACUGUCUACUAGUCUCUAGACACAAGGUGCACAAACACAGUUGUAGGCAAAACACUCCUCCACACACAAAAAAAUUUUCUUAAAAAUUUUUAAGUCUAUGGCUGGGUGUGGUGGUACACACCUUUAAAUCUCACCACUUGGGAGGCAGAGACAGGCGAAUCUCAGGGAGUUCUAGGCCAGCCUGGUCUACCUAGUAAGUUCCAGGACAGCUGGGACUACAGCUUGCAGGAGGAGUGCUAUACCCAGCAUUCAAGUUCCUGUCACUCAGUAUGGGUCUACUCAGACUCCUGUCUCAUCUGGUCUGGUCUAAUUUCUCAGUAUUCUCUCAUUUACCAGUUCUUCAUCCUCUAGCCAGAAGACAUCUGUCUUACCAUUAUUAAGCCAUCACAAAAUUGAACAUAAGUCUCCCACUUACCUGCAGAACCACCAGAUUCAGACAUUAUAGCAGAAUGUAUUUGUUUGCUAUUCCUGCUGUGACAACUAAGCCUACAGGCUCCACACCACUUUAUCCUCUUAAGGUUGUGUGAGCCAGAAGCCUGGCACAGGUGUGAUCGCAGUAACAUGAGAAGCCGUAGCUGGCCUCAUUUCUUCCCAGGGGCAGCUGACAUCUGGCUGCCUUCCUCCAUCU